AUGACGCACCCGCCACCCGAGAGAGCACCAGCGAGCAAAAACGGUGCCAGGAGCUGUUCAACAUCUCCUUCCCUCUUUGGCAGGCCCACGAUCGGAGGGAAGUACUGCCUGGGGGAGAGGAAGCGCUACCGCUCCUGCAACACCGACGACUGCCCGCCGGGCUCGCAGGACUUCCGAGAGCUGCAGUGCGCCGAGUUCGACAACGUUCCCUUCCGAGGGAAGUACUACACCUGGAAAACCUACCGGGGAGGGGGUGUCAAAGCCUGUUCCCUCAACUGCCUGGCCGAGGGCUUCAACUUCUACACGGAGCGGGCGGCGGCCGUGGUGGACGGGACCCCGUGCAGGCAGGACUCCAACGACAUCUGUGUCAACGGGGAGUGCAAGCACGUGGGCUGUGACCGGGUGCUGGGCUCCGACUCCAAGGAGGACAAGUGCCGGGUGUGCGGGGGAGACGGCAGCUCCUGCGAGACCAUCGAGGGCGUCUUCAACCACUCCCUGCCCGAGGGAGGUUACGAGGAGGUGAUCCAGAUCCCCAAGGGUUCCGUCCACAUCGACAUCCGGGAGCUGAACCUCUCCAUCAACUACCUGGCGCUGCGAGGGGAGAGCGGUGAAUAUUUCAUCAACGGGAAGCUCUCCAUCGAUCCCCCCCGGCGCUUCGACAUCGCCGGCACCACCUUCCACUACAGGAGGUCCCCUGAGGAGCCCGAGUCCCUGGAGGCUUUGGGACCCACCAACAUCACCCUCUUUGUCAUGGUGCUGGUGCGGACGGAGCCGCAGGGGAUCUGCUACAAGUUCAACGCUCCCGUGGGCAGGGACGGCUCCAGCCAGUACUCCUGGCACUACACCCCAUGGACCAAGUGCUCCGUGCUGUGUGCAGGGGGCAGCCAGAUCCAGUCUGUGGUGUGCAGGAAGCUCUCCGAUGGCUCAACCGUCCCCAACCACUUCUGCAGCGCUGACACCAAAGUGCCCGAGCGGCAGAGGAGCUGCAACACCGAGCCCUGUCCCCCGGCCUGGGCCAUUGGGAACUGGUCCGAGUGCAGCCGGAGCUGCAACGAGGGCGUCCGGACCCGCAGCGUCUUCUGCAAGAGGAAGAUCUCUGCCAACGAGGAGAAAACCCUGGAUGAUGCCUCCUGCUCCCAGCCACGGCCAAAGAUGCUGGAGCCCUGCAACAACCAAACGUGUCCUCCAGAGUGGGUGGCCCUGGACUGGUCAGAGUGCACCCCCAGCUGCGGGCCCGGCUUCCGCCACCGCAUCGUCCUGUGCAAGAGCGGCGACCACAGCGUGACCCUGCCCACCUCCCAGUGCCACGAGGCCGCCAAGCCCCCCACCAGCAUGAGGUGCAACCUGCGGCGCUGCCCCCCGCCCCGCUGGGUCACCGGCAAGUGGGGAGAGUGCUCUGCCCAGUGUGGCCUCGGGCAGCAGAGAAGAUCCGUCCAGUGCCUGGCCCACACCGGGCAGCCGUCCGUGGACUGCGUGGAGGCCCUGCAGCCCCCCGGGAUGCAGCAGUGCGAGACCAAGUGUGAAUCGGGGCCCACGGACAACCCUGAAGAGUGCAAGGAUGUGAACAAGGUGGCCUACUGCCCGCUCGUCCUCAAGUUCAAGUUCUGCAGCCGGACCUACUUCCGACAGAUGUGCUGUAAAACCUGCCAGGGGCACUAGGACACAGCGGGACACAGCGGGACCCCCCGUGGCAAAACUGGAAGGGCCAAAGCUGCGGCGGGGGGCUGCCGAGCCGGGCCCUCCCUGCCCGCCCUGGGAAUCUCCCCCGGCUCCCAAAGGCUCCGGUCACGCUUCCAGCGGGAGCCGGCGUCCCCCAAACCCGUCCCCCACAGAGCCCCUGGGCCCCCGAGCUUCCCCGUGGCAGGUUCCCAGUUAAACCACUGCAGCCCCAGCUGGAUGAGCGCUGGGGGAGCUGGGCAGAGCAGGGACUUUACUUGAAAUUCUGAUGUUGUUAUUUAUUAGUAGCGGAGCCGGCUCCCGCAGGGGCCACUGAGGGGAGCGGCACCGCUGGCCCAGCUCCUGCCCGAUCCUGCUCCGUGUCCCCAGGGCACCGUCACGGGGCUGGAGUCCUUCCCCCGGGAUCCCAGGGGACACGGGGAGGAGGCUCCAGGUGCCUCGGGGUGGGGGGGCAGCGCGGCUGGUGGCUCCUGGGCGAUGGAUGAAGAGGAGCCGCUGUGGGGAGUGGGGCUGGAGCAGGGGUUUUGCCUCCUUGGUUUGCACCCUGUCACCUCGGGACUGGCAGCAGGGGACAGGGAGCAGGUGACCCCGUGAGCAGAGGGUGACACCGGCUUAACUGGGACAGGGGCUUCUCCAAACUCCCGCAGCUCGGGUUGGGGCGUUCCCCUUGCUGUCCUUGUCGCUUUCAGGACCAGUUUUUACCCCUUGAAGCAGGAGCUGAGGUGGGGGCAGAGGCGUGCUCGGGGUUGCAGUCACUCCGUGGGGCUGUGCCAGGCUCAGGGAGCGAGGCAGAGGAGGACGCAGACCACCGCCGCAGCGUCCCCGCCCAGACACCGCCUCAGCCUCCGCAGCCGCCUCACUUCCAAAGGUGCUUGACUUCCAAAGGUGCUUCGCCUCCCAAAGGUGCUUCACCUCCCAAAGCAGCCUGGCCACGAGUGGCCAGUGUCACCCUCUCCUCUGCCCACGGGAGGCCUCCAGCGAUGGGAAAAGCGCAGGCUUGACAUUCCUCCAGGUCACCUCGUGGCCAAACCUGGGCCAGUUCCCCCGCGGGCAGCCGGCGGGGGAGCCCCGACUUCGACUCUCCAAAGCAUGUGCCUUUUGUUAGCGUUGUAAUUGUUAUCGUUACGAUUAUUUUCAGGCCUUUCCGCGUCCCAGCGAUGGGAAACCUUUGUCCAAAGGCGUGUUUUGUCGCCCUGGGGCCGUCCCCAGGGUGCAGGGAGGGGACAGCCCCCUUCCCCCAGAGCAAAGCCCCCGUGUGUUCCUCUCCCAGCUGUGUUGUUGUGUCCGCCUGCUCCUCAGCCGAUCGCAGCUUCUCUGGUGCUCAGCAAACCUCGUCUCUCUUCCUUCCUGGUGCCAUUGCUCCGUUCUGACGUUUCUGGGUGAGGGGAGGGGGUGUUUUCACCAUUUUUAUAUCGAUAUAUAUCUACUGACCAAUGUUUAACAUACUAACUCUGAGGAGGAGCGACCUAACGGCAUGAAUUAUAAUAAAGGAGUAGCUACGA